AAACUAAAAACUGAUCAUAGUUCUGAUUUCCUUCCCCACAGCCUGUUAUUAUCGUUUCUGGGUAAAACUUGUACAAAUAAGCACUACCCCACUCUCACUAUGAAUACUAAAUAGUCUAUAUUUAUGGCUUUAAUCUCCACUAGUAGUACAAAUCUUGCACCAACUCUUUCUCGAUCUCAUCGUUGUCCCCAUUUAUCUACAACUUCUUGUGCUCCGUCUUCGUUUUCCAUUCUUGUGUGCCAACCCUUUGUUUCUACCCCCAUUUUAAGCAGACCCACCAAGAAAAAAGUUGAAAAAGCUGGGGCAAUUAUGUUUAGUGAUAGUCCCUUAGCUGCAGAUUUGUGUGCCACGGCGAUUUCAGGGGUGGUUGCUGUUUCUGUUCUUAAGCUAUGGGAAGAGACUGCGAAGCGAGGCGUUUUUGAUCAGAAACUAAAUAGGAAGCUGGUGCAUAUAAGCAUUGGGUUAGUGUUCAUGCUCUGCUGGCCACUGUUUAGUUCCGGUCAUCAAGGAGCACUAUUUGCAGCUCUUAUUCCUGGGUUGAAUAUCAUUAAAAUGCUUCUUAUGGGACUUGGUAUAUUGAAAGAUGAGGCCACGGUCAAAUCGAUGAGCAGAUUUGGAGACUACAGGGAACUUCUAAAGGGACCGCUAUACUAUGCUGCGACAAUUACUUUAGCUUGUGCUGUUUAUUGGAGAGGUUCCCCUAUCGCAAUUGCAGCGAUUUGCAACCUCUGCGCUGGAGAUGGAUUAGCUGACAUCAUUGGAAGGAGGUUUGGAAGCCAAAAGCUCCCACACAACAGCAAUAAAUCUCUUGCUGGUAGUGUUGCAAUGCUAAUCGGGGGUUUCAUCGCAUCUGUUGGGUAUAUGCAUUAUUUCUCCUCGUUUGGAUACCUUGAGGAAACUUGGGGAAUGGUUUUAGGUUUCUUGGUAGUUUCUCUUGCGGCGACACUGGUGGAAUCCCACCCUUUAAGCACUGUGCUGGAUGAUAACCUAACAGUUCCCAUGGCCACUUUAUUGGUGGGAAGUUUCGUUUUGUAGCAUUGUAUCAUUGAUUCACUGUAUCCCUUGUAUGAAUAUGACAUGUGCCACUUUCUUAUGAACAAAAUUCCCCCUUUCCUCUCUUCAA